AUGCCUGCAUUAGCCGAAUCGGAUGUUCGGGGUCCCGCUGUCUCGACGCUCAUAGCUCUGUUCUCUACAGAAGGCAUACCGCUGGAAGCGGAAUCCGGGAGUAUUUUCAUCAAUGAGGAGAACGCGUUCGCUGAAGAGCCGUAUGUUUUCUCCGAUAAGCGCUUCGUCUGUGAGCAUUGCCCAUAUUCCUCGAACCGACGAAGCCACUACAACGAGCACGUGGCGAUUCACAGCGGACUGAAGCCUUUCGCUUGUCGUUUCUGCGACUACAGAUGUGGUCGGAAGUGUCAUCUGGACCGCCAUGAGAGAACGCAUACGGGUGAAAAACCCCACGAGUGUGCCUUGUGCGGGAAGAAAUUCAAUGAGCGAACUUCCCUCAAGAUCCAUAACAGGGUUCACACGGGAGAAAAGCCCUACAGAUGCCCCAUUUGUGGAAAGACUUUCUCGCAAAUGUCUUAUCUCAGCUCCCAUCUACUCCUGCAUUCAGGUCACAAACCUUUCGUAUGCACAAUAUGCGGAAAGGGCUUCACGCAGAAGACCAACCUCCGAACCCACGAGUUGAAACACUCCGGCGCCAAACGCUUCCGUUGCGAAUACUGUCACAAGGAGUUCAGUAGCAAGUAUUCCCAACAGGUGCACAUUCGGAUCCACACUGGGGAAAAGCCGUACGCCUGCUCUUACUGCGGCAAAUCGUUCAGCACCCGUUUCAAUCUGAAGGUCCAUCUACGGAUCCACACCGGUGAAAAGCCCUACGAAUGUCCAAUAUGUCAGAGACGGUUCAGCGAUCGAUCGAACAUGAACGGACACCUAAAAUCUCACGCCGGUCCAGAGCCGCCAUUUCGGUGUACGCGGUGCACGGAACGAUUCGACCGCUACAUAGACCUGAAGAGUCAUACGAAGAAUAUGCACUUAACGGAUGAAAACAUAUAUAGGCUCAAGUGA